AUGAAUAAUUUAAAUAAAGGGGAAAAGGAGGCUUCUCUUGAGGAUGCAAAAAAUGAAGAAGGAAAUGGUGAAAACAACGGGGAAAAGUACGUAAAAACAUUUGCCCUUUUUGAAAAUGAAAACUUUGAACUGAAUGCAAGUGAUGAUGAAUACACAUCGGGUAGCGAAGAAGAGGAAGAGGAGGAGAAGGAGGGCGAUGUAUUAGAGGAGGACGAGGAUGGGAUGGGAAGUGGUUCGGAGAGUGGUAGCAUGUCAUAUGGGGAUUUGAACACCCAAGGAGAAGAAUCAGAAGAGGAGGUGGUAGAAGAGCACGACAAUAAGGAUGAUGAUAAUGAUGAUGAUAAAGAUGAUGAUGUUAGUCACCACUCGGAUGAAGCAAACUUGGUAUCGUCCAAGAUGCCACAUCAUGUGACUGACGUGCGAGCCCAAGUGGCAAAGAUGAUGAGAAAAAAAAAUAAAAGAAAGUGGAUAAAUGAAAGCGAAAAGAUAUGCUACGACAAUAUGGGGAUAUACAAAAAUGAACAAAUGAUGAAGAGCGAAGAUAUAGAAGACCGGAUGAAGUACCUACUGUUAUUGUUUAGUGAAACAAAAAAAGUAAUGAUGGUUGCACCAGGUGGAAAAUCGAAUGUAAAGAAAUCUUUGAUAAUAAAAGAACUUUUAUUUUACUAUUCGUACUACUAUGAGUAUAGCCAAGAGUUAAUAAAGUAUUUAUAUUACCUGUUUGAUUUGAAAGAACUUUAUUUUUUUUUAGAAAUAAAUAACAUACCAAAGGAAAUACAUUUACGAACGAAUAGUUUAAAAAUUACGAGAAAUAAUUUAAUGAAAAUACUUAAGAGUCAAAACAUAGCAGUGGAAGAAGGAGAAAACUGGAAUAACGUAGGAAUAAUUGUAAAUGAUGUUAAUUCAAAUGUAGGAUCCUUAAAUGAGUAUUUAUAUGGAUACUAUAUGAUUCAAUCUGCAUCUUCAUUAAUUCCUGUGUUAGAAUUAAAUGUACAACAAGGAGAAGUUGUAUUAGAUAUGUGUGCAGCACCAGGUGGAAAAUGUACGUUCAUAUGUACACUUCAAAAAAAUAAAGGAUUUGUAUACGCAAAUGAUAUUAACAAAAUGAGAUGUAAAUCAAUUGAAGCAAAUGCUGCAAGAAUGGGAAUCAGUAAUUUAAUAAUUACUUCUUUUGAUGCUUUAAAAAUUGCAAAAAAAUGGACAUUCCAAUUUGAUAAAAUUAUUUUAGAUGCACCAUGUAGUGGAACAGGAGUUGUAAACAAAAAUAAAGAAGCGAGAAGAAAAACUAUAAAAGAAAUAAGAGAAUUAGCACAAAAACAAAGAAAACUUUUAAAUAAUGCUAUCAAUUUAGUGAAAAAUGAUGGUAUUGUUGUAUAUUCAACUUGUAGUAUAACAGUUGAAGAAAAUGAACAAGUUAUAAAUUAUAUUCUAAAAAAAAGAGAUGUCAAUCUUUUACCCCUUGACACACAAAUAGGAGACCCUGGGAUUACUCAUUACAGGAAAAAAGAAUUCUCGAGCAAAAUUGCAUUAUGCAGAAGGAUAUAUCUUCACAAGCAUAACUAUGACAACUUCUUUGUUGCCAAAUUAAGGAAACGCUCCAAUAUUGUGUACUCCAAGGGAGAGAAAGAUAAACAGAAUACAACUUCGGUGCUGAAGAAGAAGAAGAAGAGGCAGAGUGGUAAUGGUGCUACGCACAAAGGAGGGAAUUCCAAAUUGGGUAAAAGCGAUCAAUUCAGUAAAAGCGAUCAAUUUAGUAAAAGCGAUCAAUUGGAUGAUGGCAGAAGUGGAGAGGAAAAAUCAAACAAUCACGCAUCCAGAGAUUCGUACGGAACACAUCGAGGGCGAGGGCGAAGGGAUAAUAAAUAUUCCAAAAAUGCAUUCAAAGUAAAAAGAAAAAAGAAAAAAUUUCGUAAAGGGAAAGGGAAUCUUAGCGAAGCACCUGUGAAAAGAGGUCAAAAAAACACCAAGAAUAGUAACAAACGGGUAAAAAAGGAUCAUAAUUUUGGUAAGAACGGACCCAAGUUUGAUAGGGGAAGGUCAAAGUUAGGCAAAAAAAAAUAA